UGUUUUGAGUCCUGAGUUCAUGAUGACAAUGCCUAUUGCUGGGGUCUUCAAGGGCUCUCCUGUUUGGAGUUAGAGCUCCAAGGCUGAACAACAGCCUCACUCACCCUCAUCCCCUCUGGGAGCAGAUGUGAAAUGCAGAAAGAUCUGUGACCUCUUAGACAAUGCCCGGGCUACCUCACUACAGGAUGGAAUGAGUCCAGGGAGGAAGGGGCCUGUGUGGGAGUGGCUCAGCCGAGGCUUGUGCCAAGCUGUCUGGGCUAAUUGCUCAGUAAGGAUGCAUCUCUUUCCUUGUUUGAGCAGUCAUCUUGGGGCUUCUAAUGGAGUUUUUCAGUUCUUGUUUUAUUUUUUAUUUUUUUUCAAAAUUGUUCCAGCUUUGAGCUUCAAAUUUCCAUGAAGUCAUCGGAGCUGGGAGCCUGGGCUGGCCGCUCCCCCACUCCCGUGGCGGGCUCGCAGGCUGGGAGAGGGGCCCCCCGCACACCCCCAUGGCAGCCAGUCCGAGUUGAGCGGAGCUGAGGGCCCAGGGUUAGCCUUUCUGCCACCACCACUGCAGCGAACAGGAAGUGGUGGGUCCCAGAUGUGACUCACUUUCAUUAGGUAGCUGGAGGAGAGAGCCUUCCCAUGUGUGAGACUGGAUGCCAUCCCAGCAAGGCUAGCAGGGGCCCAGUGGCCACCUCCCGGCAAGCACAGAGCGUGGCUGGGCAGCUUCAGUGUCCCUGAAGAGUCAGAUCUGAGGACCUGGAGUGACUUGUCAUUUCAUCCUAGACACCCUGAAGACACCAGAGGUUCAGUGAACAAGACACAGUGGCUGGAACAGGGGCCACAUGCCCAUGAAGCCACAGACCCAGGGUACCUUUGCCUGGCUCUGCUUGCUAGUCCCAGAGAGGCCAGAGGCCUAGGUCACAGACAAGGGUAUCAGCAGACAGAUGCGUCAAAGGUCGUGGGGCUCCUGAGCAGGCUGCUGAGCCAGAGCACUGGGGACGAGGAUGCCGACCAAAGGACGCUACUUCCUCAAUGAGGGCGAGGAGGGCGCGGACCAGGCAGCACUCUAUGAGAAGUACCGCCUCAGCAGCCAGCAUGGGCCACUGCUGCUCUUGCUCCUCCUGGUGGCUGUGGCUGCCUGCAUUGCACUCAUCAGCAUCUCAUUCAGCCAUGGGGAUCCCUCCAGACACCAGGCCAUUCUGGGUACUUCAUUCUUCAUGCUGACGCUGUUUGUGGUUCUCUAUGUGCUGGUGUAUGUUGAGUGCCUGGUUCGGCGAUGGCUGCAGGCCUUGGCUCUGCUCACCUGGGUCUGCCUCAUGAUGCUGGGCUCCAUGCUGGUGUGGGACUCCUGGAAGAAAGAGGCCUGUGCGUGGGAGCAGGUGCCCUUCUUCCUGUUCAUCGUAUUCGUGGUGUAUGCACUGCUGCCCCUCAGCACGCGAGCUGCUGUCACAGUGGGGUUAGUCUCCACUAUCUCCCACCUCCUGGUGUUUGGCGCUGUGACAGGAGCCUUCAGGAUGUCCCUGACUGGCACACAGCUGUGGCUGCAGCUGCUGGCCAAUGCUGUCAUCCUCCUGGGUGGGAACUUCACUGGUGCCUUCCACAAGCACCAGCUUCAGGAUGCCUCCCGAGACCUCUUCACCUACACCGUCAAGUGCAUCCAGAUCCGGAGGAAGCUGCGUGUGGAGAAGCGCCAACAGGAGAACCUGCUGCUUUCAGUGCUCCCAGCACACAUCUCCAUGGGCAUGAAGCUGGCCAUCAUUGAGCGGCUCAAAGAGAGUGGGGACCGCAGCUACAUGCCUGAUAACAACUUUCACAGCCUUUAUGUCAAGCGGCACCAGAAUGUCAGCAUCUUGUAUGCAGACAUCGUGGGCUUCACGCAGCUGGCCAGUGACUGCUCUCCAAAGGAGUUGGUGGUGGUGCUCAAUGAGCUCUUCGGGAAGUUCGACCAAAUUGCCAAGGCCAAUGAGUGCAUGCGGAUCAAGAUCCUGGGCGACUGCUACUACUGCGUUUCAGGCCUUCCUGUGUCGCUGCCCACCCAUGCCCGCAACUGUGUGAAGAUGGGGCUGGAUAUUUGUGAGGCUAUUAAGCAGGUGCGAGAGGCCACAGGUGUCGACAUCAGCAUGCGUGUGGGCAUCCACUCGGGGAACGUGCUGUGUGGGGUCAUCGGACUCCGAAAGUGGCAGUAUGAUGUGUGGUCUCAUGAUGUGUCCUUGGCUAACAGGAUGGAGGCGGCUGGAGUGCCUGGCCGGGUGCACAUCACUGAAGCGACACUAAACCACCUGGACAAGGCAUACGAGGUGGAGGAUGGGCACGGGCAGCAGAGAGACCCUUACCUGAAAGAGAUGAACGUCCGAACCUACCUGGUGAUCGACCCCCGGAGCCAGCAGCCGCCUCAACCUAGUCACCACCUCCCCAAGCCCAAGGGGGAUGCGGCCCUGAAGAUGCGGGCUUCGGUGCGUGUGACCCGCUACCUGGAGUCCUGGGGGGCCGCACGGCCCUUCGCACACCUCAACCACCGGGAGAGUGUGAGCAGCAGUGAGACCCCCAUCCCCAAUGGACGGAAGCCCAAGGCCAUUCCUCUGCGCCGACACCGUACCCCUGACAGGAGUGCAUCUCCCAAGGGGCGCUUAGAGGAUGACUGUGAUGAUGAGAUGCUUUCAGCCAUUGAGGGGCUCAGCUCUACCAGGCCUUGCUGCUCCAAGUCUGAUGACUUCUACACCUUUGGUUCCAUCUUCCUGGAGAAAGGCUUUGAGCGUGAGUAUCGCCUGGCACCCAUCCCCCGGGCCCGCUACGACUUCGCUUGUGCCAGCCUUGUGUUCAUCUGCAUUCUGCUUGUCCACGUGCUAGUGAUGUCCAGGGUGACGACUCUGGGUGUGUCCUUUGGACUGGUGGCCUGCCUGCUGGGGAUGGUGCUAGGUCUGUGCUUUGCCACUGAGUUCUCAAGGUGCUGUCCAGCCCGGGGGAUGCUCUGGGUUAUCUCAGAAAGCGUGGAGACACAGCCUCUGCUGAGGCUGUCUCUGGUUGUGCUGACCGUGGGCAGCCUACUGACUGUUGCCAUCAUCAACAUGCCAUUGAUGCUUAACUCAGACCUGGAGCUGCCUGGUGGCAAUGAGGCAAGCCUGCUAGCUACAAGGAACAGAGUCAGGACCUUGUGUGAGUUCAUUCCGCACUAUACCUGCAGCUGCAUCCUGGGCUUCAUUGCUUGCUCGGUCUUUCUGCGGAUGAGCCUAGAGCUGAAGGUUGUGCUGCUGACAGUGGCCCUGGUGGCCUAUCUGCUGCUUUUCAACCUUUCCCCGUGCUGGCAGUUGGACUGCUGUGGCCACAGCCCAGGCAACAUCACUGAAACCAACAGCACUCUCAGCAGCACCCUGGAAUGUUCACAGAAGGACCUGAAGACCAUGAUCAACUUCUACCUGGUCCUGUUCUACGCCACCCUCGUCAUGCUGUCUAGACAGAUUGACUAUUACUGCCGCUUGGACUAUCUGUGGAAGAAGAAGUUCAAGAAGGAGCACGAGGAAUUUGAGACCAUGGAGAAUGUGAACCGCCUGCUCCUGGAGAAUGUGCUGCCAGCCCACGUGGCUGCCCACUUCAUCGGUGACAAGGCAGCUGAGGACUGGUACCAUCAGUCCUAUGACUGUGUCUGUGUCAUGUUUGCAUCCGUUCCCGACUUCAAAGUGUUCUACACGGAAUGCGAUGUCAACAAAGAAGGGCUAGAGUGCCUUCGCCUGCUGAACGAGAUCAUCGCCGACUUUGAUGAGCUGCUGCUGAAGCCCAAGUUCAGUGGCGUGGAGAAGAUCAAGACCAUUGGCAGCACCUACAUGGCUGCAGCGGGGCUCAGUGUCCCCUCAGGGCACGAGAACCAGGACCAGGAGCGGCAGCAUGUGCACAUUGGUGUAUUGGUGGAGUUCAGCAUGGCCCUGAUGAGCAAGCUGGAUGGAAUCAACAGGCAUUCCUUCAACUCCUUCCGUCUCCGAGUUGGCAUAAACCACGGGCCUGUGAUUGCUGGAGUGAUUGGAGCACGCAAGCCUCAGUAUGACAUCUGGGGAAACACAGUCAAUGUUGCCAGCCGCAUGGAAAGCACUGGAGAACUUGGGAAAAUACAGGUUACAGAAGAGACGUGCAUAAUCCUCCAGGGACUGGGUUAUUCUUGUGAGUGCCGGGGGCUGAUCAACGUUAAAGGCAAAGGCGAGCUGAGGACUUACUUUGUGUGUACAGACACUGCCAAGGUUCAAGGACUGGGGCUGAACUAAAGGUGUUUGGUGCUGUUUCUUUCCCUGAAUGAGCCAAAGAGAAGAGAGCCCCACACCACAGCGGUAGGCCGUGUGUGGCUUCUUUGGACUUACACUAGAGGAUGACUCUGACAUGGGCACCAGAUUCCACUUGAGGUGGUCACUAAGCUGUGACAUAGGUGGCAGCCAGAACCUGUGCAGUUCCAAGUUAGCUGACGACUGGUUGGCUGCUGGUUGUGUUCCCAGAGUGCUGGGGAGGUGACCUCAGUGCAUGACCAAGACAGACAUCUAUGCUGGUGCCCAUUAACAUAUACAGGGAGGCCAACUCUUGUCACAGGAGGCUCAGUCAGCCUGUCUAGCAUGGGUUGGAGUCUCCCUUCUCCCUAGCAGUUCCAGUCAUGGCAUGCGCAUUUGGGCAAAUGGAAUUGCAAAGGGUGAUCCCAUCAGCAGGUAGUCUCAACAGAAAACAACUUGCAACUGAAGUCACUUCUUGACAUCUCUGGCAAAUGGAUACAUCAUUAACAUGAGUUUUAUCUUUAUUACUGACUUCUUAGAUGCUAGACAAAGAUCUCUGCUCUCCAUAUAUUCUUUUUAACCACUGACUUCAUGUAAAUAGUCCAGUGUCAGCUUAUGGGAUUAGCAUGGCUGAGGGACAGAGUUCUGACAAACGUGGCUCAGCAGGAGGUAAAAAGCCGCGAAGUCCUGGCUCUGAACAGGCAUUCGGAGGCAAGCCUUUUGGGAUGAGGUCAGUAAAAACCUAGAAAUAUGAGUCAGGGUCACAGAUUUGUGGUCACCAGGUUAAACUUGCCAUCCUCCCCCUUUGCUUGUUUCCUGAGUACUGAGACCACAGAUGUGCACUACUAUGCCCAGCGUCACAUCUUUUUAUGGGGAAGUGUUGAGUAUGAAGAGAGGGCUUAGGCAACCUAUGAUAUCUCCUGCCUCUUCUCCAGUCUUCCAGGUGGACCCUAGAGAGCUGCAGAAUUAGGAUCUAUCAGGCAGGAACAUGUGCUAAGGCUCCUGGCCUGGGAAUUCAGCCCCUCAACAAAUGCCCUUGUUCUUAUUCAAAUGAGUCAAGGCAAAAGCCAGCUUUGUGAGAACUCUGUGAGCCCCUGAAAGAAGCCACCUGACCAAAGUGAGAAUGACCAACAUCCUACUGGUUUUCGGAAGUGACUUCACUGCCACCUCAUGAUCACUGCAUCCUCAAGAGUUCUAAUGCCACAGAACUUCACUACAUCAGUGUUCUCAGCUAGUAAGUCAUCAACAAACCUCCUAAAGUACACAGAAUCAUAUACACAGGACUCUAAUGAUCACACAAGGCUGCAGCCAGGGUACUCAACCAGCAGGGUUUAUCUGGGAGACUGGGUCCAGCAUGAGUCACCACCCUGGUGUAGUACAGUCUAGGAUGCAGAAGGGAGACAGGCCUUGUCUGCCCCGCCUGUGUCCUAUGGGGCUUUAUCAGUCUGGGGAAGAGGGACUGAUUCUCAUUUGCACAGAGGUACCGGGUGGGCCAGUAGCACCGUUAUGUAACCAGAACCAGUACAUUUGUAUUAUGAACACUUAAUUUUAGGGCAGAACACUGGCGAGGGAAAGCCUCACCUACAUUAUUGCUUUUUUUGUGUAUGUGUAUUUUUUUAUUUUUUUGUCUUUUUUUUGAGACAGGGUCUCCUUGCAGUCCCAGCUGGCCUGGAACUCACCAUGUAGACUAGGCUGGCCUUGAACUCAAGAGAUCUGCUUGUCUGCCUUCCGAGUGCUGGGAUUAAAGGCGUGCGCCACCAUGCCUGACUACGUUGUUUUUUAUUCUCCUUUGUCACUGAAGGGCCAGUUUCAGGUGGGCGCUGUACUGAAAUAUG